AUGCCGUACAACGUGACCAUAGACGACAUCUCUCCCCUCAUCACCUACCAGGGCCAAUGGCUUGAUUCAUACAACCUGGCCGCAGACCCCUAUACCGACCGAUAUCUUGGCAAGACCUUUCAUUCUAGCAGGACAGAUGGAUCUCAGGCCACCUUCCAGUUCAACGGCACAGACGUAUGGAUAUUUGGAGCCAAGAGAGGAAAUCAUGGGAAUUUUAUUGUAACUAUCGACAAUGGACAAGCUCAAAGGAUCGAUGGCUAUGCACCCCGACAGCCGGAUGGUGUUGACGGAGUUUACCAAUUCCCCAUAUUCUCCAGGACUGGUCUCUCGGAUGGUCUUCACACCGUCACACUCACCAACGAUAACGGAGGGAGCACCACUCGACCGUUUGUCGAUAUCGAUUUCAUCACUUGGACAUCGAAUGAUGAUGUUGGCAAGAACAUAACUAUAGAUGACUCUGAUCCUGCCUGGUCCUAUACAUCGUCGGGUCAGCAGUGGGGCACUUCGAGUACUUACGUUGUUGAUUACUACCAGCAAACCGAGCAUGUGACGAAUGUUGCCGGCGCCACGGCAUCUGUCCAAUUUGAAGGAAAUGCGGUUUAUCUUUACGGCGGCACGCUGGACGAUCAUGGGACCUUCAACGUCCAGGUCAAUGAUCACCCAGCGGUAAGCAUGAAUGGUUCGACGGUCGGAUAUCAUCCCCGAGUGUUACUCUACUACGCAGAUGGUCUUGGCCCAGGUACUCACAAGUUGACAGUCACUAACACCAAUGGUGGCAAAUACCUCGACGUAGACUACGUCCAAGUCCUUCAAUCUUCCGCGAGCGAAGCGUCCGAAUCCAAUCCUGGAGGAAAGGCCAAAACUCCGAUCAUUGCGGGAACGGUGUGCGGCGUUGUGAUCGGUCUUGCCUGGAUUAUCGCAGCCGUCUGGUGGUUCAUGCGGAGGAGAAAGAGAGGCGAGGGCGUCGACUUGUUGAACACUGAGGCCAAGGCGUACGACGUUCCUCCAGCCGGAUACGGUCCUGCCAGCAGUGGGCCAGGGUGGGAUGGCCAGAGUUCGGUACCAAACAAUCAGCCGUGGGCGAACGAUCCGGCGUAUACGGGAAGCUAUUAUCAGAACCCUCCUUCCCAAACUACGUACCCGAUGAGUAUGUACCCACCCAGCUCGGUCAGUGGGAGUGGUGGCGGGGGUGAGUCGUCCACUGGUGCUGCUUCGGCGUAUGGAGGCACCGGUCGGCCCGAGAUGCACCAUCAGGCCUUGAGCACGCUCACGCAGGAAGACGAAGCCGAUCCUCGCGUUCAUCAAAUGGUUCCUCCUCCUGAUCCCAAAGGCCGUGCGGUCUUAGUCGUCGACACCGGUAGCCGAGGCAACAUGACCGAGGACGAGCUCAGAGCGUCGAGGAUGGUAGUUCCUGAGCGAGCACAGGACUGGGGCCCAAUGUCCGAUACCAGUGGGGAUGAGAACACCGGAAUGCUGCCUCCGGAUUAUCACCAAAUUGCUUACUUGGAUUUGCUUUUUAUCAAGGCAACCGAACCGUUCCCGAACCGUCGAUUGCCUCAACCUCUAUCUUAA